AUGAAUAUAUACAAACUUUGCGAAGGAGCAAUAAAACGUACUGAUGCACAAUCGUCUAUUACUCGUGAAAAUUUUCGUUUUCAACAAUCAACUAUUGAUGAAAUUGUUAAAUUAGCUCACAAUAAAUACGAUGGUUAUACUGCUGCUUGUGGUCCAGCACAACGUUCAUAUUCACUUGCUUUUUGUCAGUAUAUAAACGAUGAUGACUUAAUUGAUUGCACUAUGCUUGAAGCAAAACUAACUCAUUACAGUCCAAUUGCAGGUCAAAUAGUACUCAAUGUUGCAUUACAUUAUGUUUCUGUAUCAGAUAAUACAACUCAAGCAAACGCAAAAGCUUUUAGUGAAGAAAAAGUGUUGAUUCGUUAG